UGAAAAAAGAAAGAACGAAAAAUGUAUUUGCUGCUCAUGCGAAAGUGUGUGUUUGCCUUAUAAUAAGGUUUACAAACUGAAGGGAUGUUGGCCACAACUGGACCAACAGAAAUUUCGCUUUGAAGGGUCUUCUUUAACUCAGCUCAAAGAAUACCCUCCAUGCGCCAUAAUGCGAAUCAUUUUUAACCAGCGUACGUUAUUUCUGGUCGACGCUGGCAACGCCGUGGAGCCUGCGCCUUUGGUCGGUGGUGGAAACAACAAAAGGACAAUAAAUAACAAGCCAAACUGGAAUGGGCCACAACACAACAAUUGUCGCUCGCCGCCUUUUGCGGCAUCGAUUUUGAAGGAGAAUCCACACAUCCACAUCCACAGGCACAGCUAAAGCGGAAGGACACCCACGGGGAUUUGCGAGUGCAGGGACCAAGGAGCAGCGGAGGGAAAGCGAAGGCAGAACGAGUCCAGCUCGUUUUCCGGAUCCAGUUUUGAUGUCCUCAGACAGACGAUACUACUUCGGAGCGGAUCUGGAGGACAAUGGGGACACCGCCAUCUGCAAGAACAACGCCAACAACAACGAGCCGGAAGUGGACAAGAACGACCAGGACCCGGACGACUCGGAGUUCCUGCAGGAUGUGCCCUACUCCUCGAGCAGCAUCGACCGCAGCUCGGUGGGCUCCAUUCCGUGGGCGGACGACGCCAUCAAGAAGAACCUGCUGGACUGGGAGCGGGUGGAGCGGCUGAUGAGCGGGGAGGAUCCCCUGGUGGAGCUCCAGGAGCCGGAGUUGCGCAACGUCGCCGACUGGCACCGCAAGUUCCCCAGCCUGCUGGGCCGGAGGACUCGUCCGUUGCGGCACCAUAGCUUUGAUAGCCAGACACGGGAGGACAUCGACUCGAUUUCAAAUCUCAGCCUGAACUCCCUGGACGACGAGGAUGACGACGAGGAGGCGGAGGAUGGCUUUCUCACACCCAAAGCGGAGGAGCCGCAGCAGCCGCAUCAUCGUCCCUACUUGCGUCCCAGCCAAAAGAAGUUGGUGGAUCUACUGGACAGGGAUCUGCGGGUCACCUCCGUCUCGGUGAAGCUUCUCAAGCGCCAGCGCAGCCAGCAGUACCAGCCGCAGCUGCCCAUCUCGGCCACCACCCAAUCCUGCCGCCUGCGCAUGCCGCCCAUCCUGAAUGUGCUGGACACCAACAGACGCUUCCGGGGAUUGCUCAACAACCGAAGCUUCGUCCAGCUCACCCAAGUGCAGCAGAAAGAGCAGCUGCAGCAUCAGAACCAAGCCAAGUCUGCCGUGUUACCACACCGCCAUCGAGCGUCCGCCUGGCACAUGCCCAUGGCCGCCAACCGCUUUAACAACAAGAACGCUGUGGUGCUGCCCUCGCUGAACCUGGGCAGGCACAGCAGGGACCUGCUGGCCACCACCACGGCCACUUCAAGCCAGAGCAACUCUAGCGGCGGCGGCGGGCACAACAGUCACGGCCACAGCAACAGUUCCUCCAACCGUUCCACGCUGCAUCCGUUCGGAGCGACGAGCGUUUCCAGCAACACCCCAUCGACAGGACGGUCCAUCUCGGCGGCAGUGCAUCAUCCGCGAUCCGAAUUCGCUCCCAGCAGCGCCUUCUACAUACCCUACAGUGCCUCGAAAUUUAAAGCCUUUAAGUAACCUCAAACAAUAAAACUGAACUCAAAAGA